AUGGCUCAAAAUCCAUCUGAAUCUGAUUACCUCUGCACUUUCUCCCUCAAAGCCGUCCCCCGGAUCUUCCUCCUCCAAGGCCCUCCGAUCUCCGACCCGACCCACUUCACCGUCCGCCUCAAACUCUCCGGCGUCUGCCGCGGCACAGUCCUUGACCCGCCCAACCCGCCCCUACCCGACUUCAACGACACCCUCCCCUGUCUCCAGCACCACAUCCCGGUCACCGACCUCCACCGACCCGAUCCGGCCCACCGCACCAUUCUUGACCUUAUCCAGGCCCGGUGGCCCUGCAUCCCGCCCGACAGCCGCCAGAUCCUGGCGGACAAGCUACUCGCGGGGGCCCAAGAAGCCAUCACGUGCAUGGGCCCGGCGGAGGCCCGGGCCCACGGCGGGCUCGAGGUGGAAUACCACGUGACGGCGGACUACUAUAGUUAUGCCGAGCAUGAUUACGACGAUGACGAUGAAUAUGAUGAUGAUGUAUAUGAUGAUGAUGAUGUCAUGGACCAGUCGAUGGAGGGGGUUGGUAUGGUCCCGACUGACGAGACGUGUAUACGAGACGUGAUGGUUGUGGGGAAGAGGGAGUGGGACGAUGGCUCGACUGGCGGGUCGUGCGUGAUUUGCAUGGACGAGUUCGAGAAGGGAUGUGAAGUGGUCGGAAUGCCGUGCGGGCACGAUUUUCACGAGGGGUGUGUCGACAAGUGGCUUCGGACGAGCCAUUAUUGUCCCGUGUGCCGUUACGAGUUGCCGACGAGCUAG